AUGGACUCCCAAUUCGGGAAACUUUUUCAAGCUGGCAACAAGAUCGCAUUUUCCGUUAGGUUUCUCCACUAUCUGCUGUCUAGGAAACUCGUUACCAGUGAGAAGAAAGACAUAUGGUGUCUUUUCUCUGGUCAGCCAAUUCGUUUCUCGAUGAGGGAGUUCGCUAUUGCUACUGGUCUGGAUUGCUCGACUCUACCUUUGACAUCUGAAGGUGACGAUGAUGAAAUCAAGAGUUACACUAAGCAAUUGUUUGGUUCUGAGAAAAAUGCAACUCCACUUUGGAUAGCCAAUACUCUUUUGGGAAGGCCGUACAAGGACAAAGAUACCAGAUUCAAGCUUGCUUGUCUACUACUAGUUGACGGGAUAGUGUGUCCCACCUCUAAGAAUACAAAAAUUAAUGGGGAUCAUAUCUUGAUGGUUAGAGAUGUUGAUGAAUUUCUCUCCUAUCCUUGGGGUCGCAAAUCGUUUGACAUCACCAUGGAAAGCAUCAAAACUAGAACUGCUACUCUGUCCAAUCUCUGUCAGCCGACCUGUGCGAUUCAGGGCUUCUUACACGCUCUUCAAAUGGUGGUUUUAGCUUGCGUCCCCAACUUGUUGUCUAAGGAUGUUAAGGGGAAGAAACCAAGCUUAGCUGAUGAUGAUGAGGACGACGAUGAUCUCCCAUUAAUACGCCCCGGUGCCCAGAAACCAAUUACACAUCAGAUGAAUCAUGUUAAAAUGGUUGACAAAGACGAUAAGGUCGUUGUAAAACACAUCCUCGAAGAUGAGGACUCAGUCUUCGACGAGGAGAUUAUGGACGACGACGAGGAGGAGUCGAAGGUGGAAAAGUUGCCGAGUGCCAUUGAACAUGGAACUGCAUUCACCAACAAGUCCUUCGUUGGCGGAGUCAAGGCAUCCGAACAUAGUAAGCUUCCAAAGCAUCCAUCAUCCUCAACAUCACAAAAAACCUCAUCCGAUGGGGAUGACCACCUUGAUUCCGGUGUUCCUGCUUUUUUAGAGAAAUUGCUUGCUGGAAAUUCCAGCUUUUUGAAUGCGGUCAACACACUUUCAUCUGAUUUUUGGAUGAUUCGCCGUGAUGUGAAAUCGGCAGUCAAUGAGCUAGCCGCUUUACGCGCCGAGUUCACUAAAUUCAAAAAGAGGAAUUGUUCUACUGACACCUUGCCCGUUACAACCUCAAACAAAGUUCACAGAGAAGAACCACAAAAAGAUAACCAAGGAACCAACGAUGGUGAUCAGGAAAAAGAGAACGAGGGGAAUGCAGAGGGAGAAGAUAACGCAGCGGCCCAGGAAGGGGAGAAUCAAGUGUAUGAACCGAAAAUCGGUCAUGGUGUUGACGAUUCUCAAGUUGAAGAUGAAAAAGAAUUUACUUUCACCGAUGAGGCUACCAAGGCGACUAAUACGAUUGAUGAAGUACUUCAAGAUUUAAAUUCCUGUGAUCUGGGGGUAGAUGAGAGUACCAAUCUCCCAGUUUCGUCCAUUCCUGUAACAGAUCCAAAUAUACAGGAGACAGAGGACAAUGCAGACGUCCAAGAUCCAAUUUCAGAGCCCGCAAAUACAAAGGAGACAGAGGACAAUGCAGACGUCCAAGAUCCAAUUUCCGAGCCCGCAAAUACAAAGGAGACAGAGGACAUUGCAGAUGUCCAAGAUCCAAUUCCCGAGCCCCCAAACACAAAGGUACUAUUGAAGCCAAUAGUAGACGAUCCUCCAGCUUUUUCACUAGGUCUAACGCAGGAAGAGAAAAACCGUGAGGAAGCUCGGCUAAGAGAACAAGAGGACAAGAGAAAAACGGAUGUUAGAGAUUCUUCCAAAUGUCCUCCUCCAACACGUAAAAGCGUGCGCGCUGGAGCUGCAGCUACAUCUGCAGACUUUGUUUACCCUCAAAAACGGCAGAAAAAGAUCGACAAAUCUGUAGAGUUGUCUUCUUUCUUUCGUAGACCGACCUCCGAACAAGUAUCCUUCCUUGAAGCCAAAAUUAAAGAAACCAGCCUUUUCCCUUCCUGGUAUGGCAUUCGCCUUUCUUCGAACAUCUUUAAUCAGAUAAUGUCUUGUAACAAGCCAGUGAGCCCUUUGUGCAUGAAUGCCAUAGUUGCCUCAAUUCGUGAUGAGCUGUGGGCUACCAGAGAAGCUCAUCCCAUCAAUUACGAUUUCAUUGAGUUCGGAUUAAUUGUCGAAAUUGUCAGGCUUCAUGAUCAAUUUCUAUCAAACUCAAAGAAGGCCAAGAUAACCCUGCCCAAAGGUACCAUAUCCUACGUCAAAAACAGAUUUCCUUGGUACACUGUAGUCGGUCGUCUCUACUGUCCCUUCCAGAUUGAUGGUAGGCUUUGGAUUGGUCUUUGCAUCGAUUUGGAGACACACGAUAUAGCUGUUUUUAAUUGCAACCCAACAAUUAAGGAGAUGAAGCUUAAGAUCCUCAUAGUACCACUUGCCGAAUCUCUUCCACACUUCAUCAGGAAAGUAGCGUACAACUCAGAGAUGAAGAACGACACCCUAGACGCAUUCAACAUUUCAAUUGCUAAGCCUGUUUUCCAAACAGCAAAUCCAGGUCACAGCGCCGUACUUACACUCAUGCUACUUCAGCUUCACUCAGAGAACAUGCCAGUCGACACUGUCAUUGAAGACGAUUUGGUCCGUGAUGCAGCUCUUACCUACGCUUUCGACCUACUAUGUAAAGUCGAGCAACCAAUUUCAUCGGCCCCGCCGACUGAUCCCUGA